GAGACCAGUUGGCCACCCAUGAAUGACUCGUUCUUCUUUCCUUGUAACCAAAUUGCCGUCCUUUCUCUCUCUUCACCUCUUUCUCUUUCUCUCUCUACAAUGCCUUUGACCUUCUUCCAAACGCGCUUCUUCUUCUUCUCCAACCACAACCACCACUGCAACACCAUCACUGCCAUUUCUACCGUCGUGCUUCCCAGCUGAAACAAACUGCCACCACCGAGCUCAUUCUCGUCAUUUCACUUUCUGGGGUUGUUUUGCUCUUGGAAUCUAUGGUGGGUUCUCGUGUUUUCGGGGAUCAAUCAUGGGUUCUCAUUCUGAGUUUCACCACCUUCUGAUCCCAUCUUCGAUUUGUUCUUUUUUCCCUUUCAAGAUCUUGCUGAUUCAGAGUUGAAUUCUGUGGCACUUCUGCAAUGGACACGACGAAAAACCCAUCUGGGGAUUCUUCGAAUUUUGAAUCUUUCAUGCACAAUUCUUCAUCACGUAGAAGUGCCACUGCCAUGUCAAUUCAGUCCAGGAGUUCUGGCUGGAAUUCUACCCGGGAAGUCACUUUUGCUCACUCAGGAUCCAAGCCUGUGAGGUAUGGGUCAAAGGGUGCUGAUUCUGAAGCUUUGAGCAUGUCCCAGAGGGAAAUCAGUGAUGAGGAUGCUAGGUUGAUUUACAUUGAUGAUCCUGAGAGGACAAACCAGAGGUUUGAAUUUGCAGGGAAUUCGAUUCGUACUGGAAAGUACUCUGUCUUCACCUUUCUGCCAAGGAAUUUGUUUGAACAGUUUCAUAGAGUUGCUUAUGUAUAUUUCCUUAUCAUUGCUAUUCUUAAUCAGCUUCCUCAGCUUGCUGUUUUUGGGAGGGGUGUUUCCAUUUUGCCUUUGGCAUUUGUCCUGCUUGUUACUGCUGUGAAGGAUGCAUAUGAGGAUUGGAGGAGGCACAGGUCAGACAAAGUUGAGAACAAUAGGUUAGCAUUGGUUUUGGUUGAUGGGAAUUUCCAAGAGAAGAAGUGGAAGGAAAUUAGAGUUGGUGAGAUCAUUAAAAUCAGUGCAAAUGAAGCCAUUCCUUGUGACUUUGUGUUGCUCUCAACUAGUGACCCUACUGGGGUUGCUUAUGUGCAGACUCUUAAUCUAGAUGGAGAGUCUAAUUUGAAGACUAGGUAUGCAAAACAAGAGACUCAAUCUAAGUUUCAUGACAGAGAGAGGGUUAGUGGGUUGAUCAAGUGUGAGAAACCCAAUAGGAAUAUAUAUGGGUUUCAGGCUAAUAUGGACAUUGAGGGAAAGAGGUUGUCUCUUGGGUCCUCCAAUAUCAUCCUUAGAGGCUGUGAACUCAAGAAUACUAAGUGGGCACUUGGUGUUGCUGUGUAUUGUGGUCGUGAGACCAAAGCUAUGCUCAACAACUCAGGAGCUCCAUCUAAGAGGAGCCGCCUCGAGACUCGCAUGAACUCUGAGAUCAUCAUGCUGUCUGUCUUUCUUGUAGCUUUGUGCACAGUCACCUCAGUUUGUGCUGCUGUUUGGUUAAAACGACACAAGAAUGAGUUAAAUCUCUUGCCUUAUUAUAGGAAACUGUAUUUUCCGGAGGGAAAGGAGGACAACUAUGAAUAUUAUGGAUGGGGAUUGGAGAUCCUUUUCACAUUCCUUAUGUCAGUUAUAGUGUACCAGAUCAUGAUCCCCAUAUCCUUAUACAUUUCUAUGGAGCUUGUCCGGGUUGGUCAGGCCUACUUCAUGAUCAAAGACUCUAGAAUGUAUGAUGAGGCCACAAAUUCAAGAUUUCAGUGCAGGGCCUUGAAUAUUAAUGAAGAUUUAGGGCAAAUCAAAUAUGUCUUUUCUGAUAAAACUGGUACACUGACUGAGAACAAGAUGGAGUUUCAAUGCGCUAGCAUCUACGGGGUUGAUUACAGUACAGCAGAAGCCAGUCUUGAGUAUGAGCAAGCUGUUCAAGUUGAUGGAAAAGUCUUGAAGCCAAAGAUGAAGGUGAAAGUUAAUCAAGAUCUUUUGCAAUUAUCAAAAAGCAGAUUUGCAAAUGUAGAGGGGAAACAAAUCUACGAUUUCUUUCUAGCAUUGGCAGCUUGCAAUACUAUUGUGCCUAUUAUCACUGAGACAUCUGAUCCGGCAGUCAAGCUCAUAGAUUAUCAAGGGGAAUCACCAGAUGAACAAGCAUUGGCAUAUGCUGCCGCUGCCUAUGGUUUCAUGCUUAUAGAACGAACCUCAGGUCACAUAGUCGUUGAUAUUCAUGGAGAAAGACAUAGGUUCAAUGUCUUGGGUUUGCAUGAAUUUGAUAGUGACCGGAAAAGGAUGUCAGUUAUAUUGGGGUACAGUGAUAAUUCUGUGAAACUUUUUGUUAAAGGGGCAGAUACAUCCAUGCUUAGUGUGAUAGAUAAAUCAUCGAACAAGGGGAUAAUACAAGCAACUGAAACCCAUCUUCACUCUUAUUCUUCCCUGGGUUUGAGGACGCUUGUUAUUGGGAUGCGGGACUUGAAUGCUUCAGAUUUUGAGCAAUGGCACUUUGCCUUUGAGGCAGCAAGUACUGCUUUGAUUGGUAGAGCUGCUUUGCUUCGCAAGGUUGCUACCAAUGUUGAGAACAAUCUCUGCAUAUUGGGUGCAACUGCUAUUGAAGACAAGUUGCAGCAAGGUGUGCCAGAAUCUAUCGAGUCUCUGAGGAGUGCAGGUAUUAAAGUAUGGGUGUUGACUGGGGACAAACAGGAAACUGCCAUAUCAAUCGGCUACUCCUCAAAGCUCCUAACUAACAGCAUGACUCAAAUUAUAAUUAAGAGCAACAAUAGAGAGCAUUGCAGAAGAAGUUUACAUGACGCCCUUGUCAUGUCCAGAAAAAACACUUCUGCAUCCGGGGUCGCCAACUAUCCUGAAGGAAGUUCUGAUGCUAUUACAAUUCCGAUAGCCUUAAUUAUUGAUGGUACCAGCCUUGUAUAUAUUCUUGACAAUGAACUUGAGGAAGAGCUCUUUCAACUAGCAAGUAGAUGUUCUGUUGUUCUGUGUUGUCGAGUGGCUCCAUUGCAAAAGGCUGGGAUUGUUGCCCUUGUGAAGAACAGGACAGCGGACAUGACUCUAGCCAUUGGUGAUGGGGCAAAUGAUGUAUCAAUGAUUCAAAUGGCUGAUGUUGGAGUCGGCAUCAGUGGGCAGGAGGGUCGGCAAGCUGUAAUGGCUUCGGAUUUCGCAAUGGGGCAGUUUAGGUUUUUAGUUCCUCUCUUAUUGAUACAUGGGCACUGGAAUUACCAAAGACUGGGCUACAUGAUACUAUAUAAUUUUUACAGAAAUGCUAUCUUUGUUCUUAUCCUAUUCUGGUAUGUGCUCUUCACUGCCUUCACUUUGACAACUGCUAUAAAUGAAUGGAGCAGCAUGUUGUAUUCAAUAAUCUACACUGCAAUUCCAACUAUUGUUGUUGGUAUUCUGGACAAGGAUCUUAGUAAAAGGACUCUCCUAAAGUAUCCUCAGCUUUAUGGGGCUGGGCAGAGACAAGAGGCGUACAAUAAUAAAUUAUUUUUGUUCACGAUGGCCGAUACUUUAUGGCAAAGCAUUGUUGUCUUCUUUGUUCCUUUCAUUGCAUAUUGGGGAAGCACUAUAGAUGUAGCAAGCAUAGGUGACCUUUGGACUAUUUCAGUAGUUAUUUUGGUUAAUUUGCACUUGGCCAUGGAUGUCAUCAGGUGGAACUGGAUCGCUCAUGCAGCCAUCUGGGGUUCUAUCAUUGCAACUUUCAUAUGUGUCAUGGUUAUUGAUGUUAUACCAGCAUUAUCCGGUUCCUGGGCCAUCUUUCAUGCUGCAAGCAAUGGAUUGUUCUGGUUAUGUUUGCUCGGAAUUGUGAUAGCAGCAUUGCUUCCUCGUUUUGUUGUAAAAUUUAUUCAUCAAUAUUAUUUUCCUAGUGAUAUUCAGAUUUCAAGAGAAGCUGACAAGUUUGGGAAUCAAAGGGUCAAUAGAGGUGGCCAGAUAGAAAUGCAUCCCACAAGAUGACACAAGUGAUCUCGUCCCUUAAUUCUAUCAUUUCUUUUGUAAAGUUACAUAUUCUUUAGGUUACGCCAGAGUUUUUCUGUUGGUUGCCAGAUUUCAUUGUUCUCUAUCCAAAGGUUAGAGUUUUUUUUCAGGGCAGAGAGGUUUGCUUGUAUUUUUAUUCUUUUGUAUCCACAAUUAGCUGGUUGUAAAUUGACAUUGAAAAUAGCAGAAAGAGAAAGAAAAAAAAAGAAGCUAAUUUACAUGUUACAUAUUAAAUUUCAACAUCAAGAGUUGAAUUCAUUC